AUGGGAGCCUCAUCCAGGACCAUAUCUGUCUCAUCCAAACUAACUGCUUCUUCCCAAAAGGAAAGGGGAACUUCCUUCAGGACCAUAUCUGUCUCACCCAAGCCCAUAACUACCUAUCAUGAGGAAAUAGGAACCUCAGACAGAACCACAUCUGUAUCAUUCAAGAAUAAAACUACUUCUCAUGAAGAUAUUGGAAUCUUGGACAGGACCACAACUGUCUCACCCAAGACUAUAACUACCUAUUAUGAUGGGAUGGGAACCACAUCUAGGUCAUCCAAGAACAAAACAACUUCACAUGAAGGCAUUGGAACCUUGUACAGUACCACAACUGUCUCACUCAAGAUUACAAAUACUUCCCACACAGGAAGGAGAACCUCUAUUAUAGGAGAUCUGAAGAAAACCACUCAAGCAUCAAAUAGGGUAUCUCUCUUUGAAAAGACCACAGAUUGGAUUAAAGCUGUUUCAGACAAGGUAACUGAAUCCUUAGGAACUUCAUACAAGCCUACAUCUGCUUCUGACAAAACCAUAGGAGCCAUGGAACCAACCACAGUCAUGGGAAAUUUAGACAAAACUAUAACUUUUGGGGGAACCUCAGAAAAGAUGGUUAAAUCCUUUGAAAAGACCACAGGCCUUUACAAGACUAAAAUUUCUUCAUAUCAAACUCAGGGAGCUUUGGACAAAACUAUCCAAAUUUCAGAUAAAACCACAAAAGCUUCAGGAGGCCCAAGACCCUUGGACAAGACUACCCAUAAAUCUACAUCUACUCCCUAUACUACUUUAGCUGCCCUUUAUCCAUCACUCCAGGUUACUAGUGAGAAAACCUUUGCACCUUUCACAACUCUCAACUAUACACAGGAGUUGAAUUCUACAAAAUCAAUCAAUAAUUAUUGGCCAGACCAGAAAACAGAUAAAUCAAGAGGAGGAUCCCAGAAUGGAGCAACCCAGGGGGUGCUGGAGGGAAAUUCAUUUCCUGCCUGGGCCAUUGUCAUUGUGGUCCUGGUGGCUGUGAUCUUCCUCCUGCUACUCAUUGGCCUACUCUUCAUGGCUCCCUACAUAAUCCGAACACGUCAGAUGACUACAGACCAUGAGGAAAAUGAUGCCAAGAAUGAGAUUGGUCCCAAUUCUUAUCCCGUCUUUCUGAUGGAACAGCAAACAUUGGGUCGGAGCCAGUUGCUAUUACCUUAG